CACCCCCGCACGAGGAGACUUGCGAGAAUGCCGCGGGAGAAGGCCACCUUGAGGUGCUGUCGCGCGCGACGGGCGCACGACGACGAACGAAUCGACGGCGCAGUCGCGGACGAACACCUCGACCGCACGGCGUCGACGUCGGCAUCGCGCCGCGACGAUCGCGCCGCGAUAGACCGCGAUGUGUGGAAAACCGCAGUCAGGCGCGCGAUAUCCAGCGAGAUGGGGUCCGAGAACGACGACGCCGUCGCCGAUCGCGCGCAACUCUACGCCCAAGACGCCGCGCGCGGUCUCGUCGAGCGCGUCGUCGUCGGCGAAGGCGACGAAGGUCACGAUCCCUACCGAUGGACCGACGAAGAUUUCCCAGACAAGACGGCGCACUCUCUGCUCCGGAGGGGGGUAAAUUUGAAGCCGGCGGCUCCCGCGAAGACCAAGACGAAGCCGGCGCGCGCCUCGAGUCCGGUGCCGAGGCGUAGCAGCCCCGCGAUCGAUGACGUGGUCGAGAUUGUCGUCCGAGACGUCGAGGUGACCGCAGCGGUCGCCGCGAAUCGCUGUCCGCCGGACACCGUCACCGAGGCGACGACGCGCGCGUCCGGCGUCGUCGUCGCCGACGUCGACGCCGGCACCCUCGGCGUGGAGGGGGCGAGCGCCGUCCAAGCCCCUCCUCGCCGCGAUAUCCGCGACGUCGAAGACGAUGAGGAGCUGAUGUCGUCGUGGCAGACCGCGGCCGAGACCGCCGCGCCGAGCGGGACCGCGCGCGAUCCGAUCGAGAUUGACGCGGACGCGGAAGAGGACGCGGGGGGGGGGGGCGUUCGAAGACGACCGUACGAAGAAGACGACGACGAGGACGGAGAGGAAAAAGAAGAGGAGGAACGCGUCACGAUGCCUCCCCGCGCGCGAGCGCCGCCGCAAGAGCCCGCGCGAACGUUUAAACAACACAUCCGAUUCACGACGCCGGAUCGGGAAUCAGAUCAGGAACCAGAUCGGGAACCGGAACCGGAACACCAAGAACCGGAACCGACGCCGGGACUGCUGCCCCGCGACCGACGCCGGCGCGGAGGAAGCAACGAGCGGAGGGCGCAAUCCAAGGUGUGCCGCACCUGCCGAACGCGAAAGACGCCGAUGUGGAGGCACGGCCCGGACGGACCGAAGACGCUGUGCAACGCUUGCGGCGUCAGGUGGAAACUCGGGAAGGCCCCGCGGACGAAGCAGGCGCCGAGGAAGCGACGAGCGGAGACACGCCCCGACGCGAAGGACGCGGACGUCGUCGCGAAAAAGCCGCGCGUCGAACCGGAACUGGAGGAGGCAGAGACGCCCCCGUUGGUGGUCGACGAAGUACCCGAAUCCGAACGCGCGCGCGCGGACCAUCGCGCCGCCGCCGCGGACGCCGCGGACGCCGCCGCGGACGACGACGAAGAGCGCCUCGGCGGAGAUCAAGCCGAAACGUGCGUUCGUCGUCGCCUUCGCCGCAAGCGCGACGUCGCGUCCAUCGAGGCGCUCGCGCUCGACGAGCACGAAGUACACGACGGGGGGAGGGAAGAGGCGCUGUGGGCGAAAUCGCCGUGGGAGGUCGUGAACGUCCCCCCGGACGACGUGAGCCCCGCGCGCGGGGGCGACGCGGACGACGGCGACGGCGACGGCGCGACGCGCGAUCGCGACGACCCCGCGAGAAACGCCCUCGACGAUUUCGAGCGGAACGAGCCGGAGGACGACGAAGACGAGGAGGAGGAGGACGAAGACGAGGAAAUGGAGGAAAUGGAGCGUUUCGACGACGCGCCUGAAAACGCGACGAGCGCGGGAGCGAACGCGGCCGAGGGCGCGCGCGGUCAGGGCGACGCGGGGAUCGCGGCGGCGUUCGCCCGCGACGCGCGCGAGACGGCGAACGCGAUGUUCUCGCAUUUUGACGCGGCGUUCGCGCCCUCGGUUGUCGAUAUUCAGCAGCGGUUGGAGAUGAUUAAAGCGUUUCAGGCGAGACGGGCGUUGGAGCUCGCCGAGCUCAGCGGGGUGUGCGCGACCAUCAUCUCUUUUAUACCUUCGCAUAAGGUUAUUAGGAAAACACGACUAGCAGGGGAGGGACGCGGCGCGCGUGGAGGCGAGCCGCGAUAGUGUAUGAUAGUGUAUGGUAUGUGAGAGGAUGAUAGUGUAUGAUAGUCGCACGUGAGAGGAUGUAAAUAAUUUGAUGCUCCG